AUGGAGCCAGAUGCAGUUGAUUUCUUUGGGGAAUGUAUGAGUAGUCCCCAAAAUGGUCGUACUCCUCUUGCAAAUGAAAUAUAUGUAAGUUACAAAAUCAAUGGAUACAUGCAUGUACUGCACUCAGGAACAAAUGGUUGCAGAGAAGGAAAAGAGCCAGAAGAAGGAGAAGAACAAAAGUCUCCCUCCAAGAUUGUUGCUGACUAUCUCAGCCAGAUCAGCCGUUCAUCCACCUUCCUUUCUAACAUUGGUGUCCCUCGACCAUCGAAGACUGGCCGGUCCACAUUAACAGCCGCACAAGCACGCCUGCAAGCUCAGUUUGAGGAAACACUCCAAGCAGAAAGAGAGGAAGCUGCUAGGAAGCAGGAAGAGUUGCAAGCAUAG